AUGAAGGUCGAGGCUUUAUCAGUCGCGUUCGGCUUUGCGGCCGGCACCAUUGCCAAGACCGCCCACGACUUUGUGCCGCAGAUUGUAGAAAUACAAGCCCAGACCACAUCCACGAAGCAUCAAGACGACGACGACGACGAUGAUGAUGAUGACGAGCAUCACCACAAGCACCCCAAGCAUCACCCUAAGAAGCACUCCAAGAACCCUAAGAAGCACCCCAAGAAGCACCCCAAGCACCACCACCACGAUGGUGACGAUGACGGCGACGACGGCGGCUACAACGGCUAG